GGAGCGUUCCAAACAUAAAAUGCAAUAGGCUACGGACUCGGCCCGUGUUACUCGUACUUCGAUUUUACUUAACAAUCACGAGAGCAUAUAUCUAAAGUUUGCCAGUGCCUUGGUAUAUGAGUAAAAGAAUAUCUCCAGUGCAGAGAAAGGUUGGUCAUUUGAAAGUUUCCAAUUUUCAAAAUGCCUGUCAACUUCAGUGGAAAAUGGAAGGUGAAGUCCGCCGACGACAACGUUGACGUAGUAAUGGCGAAGGAAGGUUACUCUGCCGAAGUCAUCAAGUAUAUGAAGACCAGCCUCAGUUUCGAAACCAGGCACAAUGGUGAAGAAUUCACGCAUGUAUACACCGAUCCUGAUGGUAAGGCAGUGGUAGUCGAGGGGAAAAUCGGGACGAAAGAAGUACAAAAGGAUAAUUUAGGAAGAGAGGUCGCGUCCAUAACAAACUGGGAGGGUGACAAAUUGGUGACAGAGGGUGCCUACGUGGAUGCACCAAUGUCAAAGAUAAGGAUUGUCAGGGAACUGAAGGGAAACCUCAUGCUUAACUCAACAACCUUGAUGGACUCUGGGGUGACUGCAGAGACAAUCUUCGAGAAAUGUUAAAGAAGAAGAGCCCAAAUCCUUGGGAACAAAGACUAGUAAAUGGGAAGAAUGGUAAAUUAGUGGACUUAGUAUAUGGUAGUUCAUUUUGUGUUCGGCUGUACAGACAUUCAUUCAAACAAUGUCAUGUGUUUAUGUCACCAAAAAACUAUCUUGGGUCCCAUUUCUGAAAAAAAGGACAAAUUCGCAUUGGCAGAUAACCAAGAUUGGGAUUUUUACUAAUGAAUUUAAAUUUCCUUGGCGAAAAAAAUACUUUGUACGUUGUGUGUUGAUAUAUGCGCAUUGUGUGGCUUUAUAGCGUACAGUAUAGAAAAAAUAAGAAUAACACCUCAUGAAGCAAUAAAUUGAUAAUUGAUGUA